AAGUAGGAGCACAUCUCAUUUUAUGAUCUCAUUGUCGAGGGUUUUGAGUUAGAAGGCGUUUGUUUCAGUCACAUAUUGUGUUAAGCAAGAAAAUAAUCAACAAUGAGGGAGAUUGUGCAUUUACAGGCUGGACAGUGCGGCAACCAGAUUGGUGCUAAGUUCUGGGAAGUCAUUAGUGACGAGCAUGGAAUUGACCCAACAGGCAGUUACCAUGGCGACAGUGACCUUCAGCUGGACAGAAUUAAUGUUUAUUAUAAUGAAGCCUCAGGUGGAAAGUACGUUCCACGUGCUGUGCUGGUGGAUUUGGAGCCCGGUACAAUGGACUCCGUGAGGUCCGGUCCAUUUGGUCAGAUCUUCAGACCAGAUAACUUUGUUUUGGUAAGUUAUAAUAUGCACCCAAAAGUGGCGUUUGACUGACUGUCAACUGUUUAU